AAUCUUACCUUAUAAUUAUCCAGAAAAAAAAAAACAGUCUUCUUCCCUUCAAAUUUCAAUAUCAUUAGUACUUUAAUUAAUUAAGCUGAGCAUUACUAAUGGGUUCAGAAGGAUCACGAUCUGCAGCUUUACUGCUCUUAAUCAUCAAUCUUGUACUCUAUUUUAUCAUUAUGCUAAUUGCUGCUUGGGCUGUUAAUCAUGCAAUUGAAAAAACCCAUGAGUCAGCAUCUGUACUUCAAACUCCGGCAAGAAUCUUCCCGAUCUACUUUCCGAUGGGGAACAUGGCGACCGGAUUCUUCGUAAUUUUCUCUCUCCUAAUCGGAGUUAUCGGAAUCACGACUUCGCUAACCGGAAUGUUGAACGUAAUGCAAUGGACUUCUCCUGGUUUGUAUGCUGCUGCCGCCUCUUCUCUAUGGACAUGGGCUCUCACUCUUCUUGCCAUGGGGUUGGCCUCUAAGGAAAUUGACAUUGGAUAUACCGAUUCUAACUUGAGGACAUUGGAGGUAAUUAUGAUAAUUGUAAGUGGAACACAAUUGCUAUGCACUGGUGCAAUCCAUAUUACUGCUGAGGAUGUUGCUGGAACUGCAAGAAGGAUGCUUGGUGGCAGAGUAUAAGACCAAUUAAACUUUGUUCAAGUGUGCUUUUAUUUAUUUAUUUAUUUUUAUUUAAUUUGUAAGUGUAAAUUAAUUCAAGUCGGAUAAGUUUGGUCAAUUAUGACAGGUAUUUUAUCGCCAAUUUUCUAUGUACAAAUGACUACUCGGAUGAUUCUUGUGUUUCAAUUAAUAA